GCAAACCCUGGUGAAGAUCUUCUGGGUAAACCCUCGCCUGACUGCGUAGGAAAGAAGUGUCUUGUUCUUGAUCUUGACGAGACCUUGGUUCACAGCUCUUUUAAGCCCGUCGAUAACGCAGACUUCAUCGUAACUGUGGAAAUUGAGAAUGUUCAGCACGAGGUGUCUGUGUGUAAGCGGCCUCACUUGGAAACCUUCAUUGAGGCAAUUGGCCCGCUCUUCGAAGUUGUGAUGUUUACUGCCAGCCUUAGCAAGUACGCGGACCCCGUGUGUGACCGGAUUGACCCGUCGGGUCAUUUUAAGCACCGACUUUUCCGGGAGUCAUGUGUCUUCUACAAAAGCAACUACAUCAAGCACCUCUCCAUCCUCGGCCGUGACAUCGAACAAAUUUGCAUUAUCGACAAUUCGCCCAUCUCCUUCUGCUUCCAUCGGCAAAAUGCGCUCCAGAUCGUUACAUGGUUCGACGACCCUACAGACACAGCCUUACUGGACCUUAUACCUUACCUCCAAGGUCUCGCGGCAGCACCCAGCGUCCUCGAAUACGUCUCUCAGAAUGUUCCUCCCCCAAGUGCAGCUAUUGCCCAACCAGACUUCUCACCAUGGCUAAUAGGCGCUCCGAGUAUAUAUGGCAAUGGUGUUGGCUACUAUGACGAUGAAGAUGAGGAGGAGGAGGAUGCAGAUGUCCUCCAUGAUGGCCCUCAUGACGCACGACUGCAGUGCCGGGAGGAGGAUGGUGGGGGGCCUUCGUCUCCGCAUGGUAUCAUCACCAUGGCAUCCAGAUCUUCCAGUGAGACCGUUACAGCGACUUAA